AACGAAGCGUUUCCUUCUUCAUCUUUGUUUCUUCAUUUGUAAACUUAAGUGGUGCACUAGCAGAGGCACCUAGAGAGAGAUUGCGUAGCUUCCAGAUCUCAGAGAUUCACCUACUCCGGCGAUGGCUCAGCCGCUCGUGAAGAAAGACGAUGACCGUGACGACGAAGCUGAGUAUUCCCCCUUUUUGGGAAUUGAAAAGGGGGCUGUUCUUCAGGAGGCCAGGGUUUUUAAUGACCCACAACUAGAUGCUAGGAGAUGUUCACAGGUUAUCACAAAACUUUUAUACCUACUUAAUCAGGGAGAUACGUUUACAAAGGUCGAAGCCACAGAAGUUUUCUUUGCUGUGACUAAGCUUUUCCAGUCUAGAGAUCUUGGUUUAAGGAGAAUGGUCUACCUGAUAAUAAAGGAACUCUCCCCCUCUGCAGAUGAGGUUAUUAUUGUCACAAGCUCUCUCAUGAAGGACAUGAAUAGUAAGACUGAUAUGUAUAGGGCAAAUGCCAUUCGUGUGCUUUGUCGUAUCACGGAUGGAACCCUCCUUACCCAAAUUGAGCGGUAUUUGAAACAAGCAAUUGUAGAUAAGAAUCCAGUCGUUGCAAGUGCAGCACUAGUUAGUGGCAUUCAUCUACUCCAGACAAAUCCUGAGAUUGUAAAAAGGUGGAGCAAUGAGGUUCAGGAAGCUGUUCAAUCAAGAGCAGCUCUUGUACAAUUUCAUGCACUGGCUUUGCUACAUCAGAUACGGCAGAAUGAUCGACUAGCUGUUAGCAAGCUGGUUACCAGCUUGACAAGGGGAACUGUUCGCUCACCUUUGGCUCAAUGCCUUUUGAUCCGUUAUACAAGUCAGGUUAUUCGUGAGUCAGGAAAUAAUACACAAUCAGGGGACCGCCCCUUCUAUGAUUUUCUUGAGAGUUGCCUUCGUCACAAGUCAGAGAUGGUGAUUUUUGAAGCUGCCAAGGCAAUUACAGAGCUCAAUGGUGUAACUAGCCGAGAAUUAACUCCAGCAAUUACUGUUCUUCAGCUCUUCUUAAGUUCUUCUAAGCCAGUCUUGAGAUUUUCUGCUGUCCGCACCUUGAACAAGGUGGCAAUGACACAUCCAAUGGCAGUCACUAACUGCAACAUUGAUAUGGAGAGUUUAAUCUCUGACCAGAACAGAAGCAUUGCUACACUUGCUAUUACUACACUUUUGAAGACAGGAAAUGAAUCAAGUGUGGACCGUCUUAUGAAGCAGAUUACAAAUUUCAUGUCUGAUAUUGCUGAUGAGUUUAAAAUUGUUGUUGUUGAAGCUAUAAGAUCAUUAUGCUUGAAGUUCCCUUUAAAAUAUAGAGCUCUGAUGAACUUCCUGAGUAACAUUCUUAGGGAAGAAGGUGGCUUUGAUUACAAGAAAGCAAUUGUAGAUUCAAUUGUGAUUCUUAUUAGAGAUAUCCCUGAUGCUAAGGACAGUGGGUUGCUUCAUCUUUGUGAGUUCAUUGAAGAUUGUGAAUUUACUUAUUUGUCCACCCAGAUACUGCACUUUCUGGGAGUUGAAGGUCCAAAAACAUCAGACCCCAGCAAAUAUAUUCGUUAUAUUUUUAACAGAGUACAUCUUGAGAAUGCAACUGUUAGGGCCAGUGCUGUGAGCACACUGGCAAAGUUUGGUGCUGCAGUUGAUGCAUUAAAGCCCCGCGUAUUUGUUUUGUUAAGGCGGUGUCUUUUUGACAGUGAUGAUGAGGUUCGUGAUAGAGCAACACUUUAUCUGAACACACUUGGAGGUGAUGGUUCAAUUGUUGAGACUGAUAAAGAUGUGAAGGACUUCCUCUUUGGGUCACUUGAUAUCCCACUUGUCAAUCUGGAGUCUAGUUUGAAAAACUAUGAGUCUUCAGAAGAAGCGUUUAACAUUAAUUUGGUGCCCAAAGAGGUCAAAUCUCAGCCUCUUGCAGAGAAGAAAGCCCCUGGCAAAAAGCCAACUGGCUUGGGUGCUCCUCCCAGUGGCCCCCCAUCUACUGCAGAUGCAUAUGAAAGGCUGCUUCUGUCCAUUCCUGAGUUUGCAAACUUUGGGAAGCUUUUUAAGUCCUCAGCACCUGUGGAGCUUACAGAAGCAGAAACAGAAUAUGCAGUUAAUGUUGUUAAACACAUUUUUGACAAGCACGUUGUGUUUCAGUACAACUGCACAAACACGAUACCAGAACAAUUAUUGGAAGAUGUAAUUGUAAUUGUCGAUGCUUCAGAAGCAGAAGAAUUUUCCGAGGUGUUCUCCAAGCCUCUCAGAUCUCUUCCUUAUGAUUCACCUGGGCACACUUUUGUGGCAUUUGAAAAGCCUGAGGGAAUACCAACAGCUGGAAAAUUUUCUAACGUUCUGAAAUUUAUUGUUAAAGAGGUUGACCCAACGACUGGUGAGGCAGAAGAUGAUGGCGUUGAAGAUGAAUACCAGCUGGAGGAUCUGGAGGUUGUUGCAGCAGAUUACAUAUUGAAAGCGGGGGUAUCUAAUUUCAGGAAUUCAUGGGAAAGCAUGGGCCCUGAUUGUGAACGAGUGGAUGAAUAUGGUCUUGGCCCAAGGGAGAGCUUGGCUGAAGCUGUAAAUACCGUCACCAAUCUUCUUGGCAUGCAGCCUUGUGAGGGCACAGAGGUAGUCCCACCCAAUUCAAGGUCACACACAUGCUUAUUGUCGGGUGUAUUCCUCGGGAAUGUGAAGGUUCUUGUGCGGUUGUCUUUUGGACUUGAUGGUCCAAAGGAUGUUGCAAUGAAAUUGGCUGUCAGAUCCGAGGAUGUAACUGUCAGCGAUGCCAUUCAUGAGAUUGUGGCAAGCGGCUAGGUCACUGAAGAAAUGUUGACUCAACUUGGCCUUUCUUUUUGUUAAUGAGAUUGGAGUUAAACUGCCACAUAGAUAAGCGUGUGUAAAGAAUUGCAAAACUGUUCGCUUGGGCUUAGUAUUUGCAAUUUAUUUGUCACUCACUGCAUGCUUGUUAAACUAGCAACGAUACUCAGAGGUAUCACGUCGGGUUUGUUGGAGUACACUUCCUUGGUCAUGAUUAUACUUCAUUUUCUUUGUAGCAAAAUGUAUUAUGAAUUUUGAGGAUUUGCCAUAAUAUUUGUUUUCUUAAUGAAUUUAUAUUUGUUAAAUAGCAAUUAUUUUGUACGAAAGAUACGUCUCUU